UUAGGAAUGGAGUUUGGUAGGAGUACAAGGAUUAAAAAUAAUCGAGGAUCGCCUCAGCCGGGUUAUGCGAGGAAACUUCUUAAGGCAUUUAUGAGCAGAAAUAAGAAGCGAUUUAAUAACUUAAGUGCUGAAAAUGAGAGUAUGCAACUACCUCGAAUCGAUAAAAGUUUUAUUCAAAAAAGACAAGAAUCAAGAGAAAGGUACCAAUCAAGGGAAAGCAAGCUUAAAAUCUUAAAUUCUCAAGAUGAAGAAAUGGUGAUCCAGUCCUCUUCUAAACCUGGAAUUAAGAUAACCAACAUCAAUAACCCUAGUAGAAGUAAAAUCAAUGAUCUUCUUAAAAGAAGAAGCCGGCAGACUUCUAAUAUCCUUGAUAUCAUCUAUAACAAGGAUUACUCUGACUCUUGCUCCAACCCAGCAGCAUCACCGCCAUUAAGCAAAGGAAGAAAUGAGAAGUUCUUUCCAAAAUUGACCAAACUUGGGUCACCUAAAAUUUCGGAAUUUCUUCAAGAGUCUUUUUCUAAUAAAGUCAGGGUCAGUUGAAAUAUCACAAAGGAUUUCCUCAGGAAUAAUAUUCCUGAAUUUGGUGUGAAGAGAGGUAAAAGGGUCAGAUUUGAAGAAUCAGAAGGGAGAAAGAUCACCUCAAGUUUUGCCGAAUUUUCCAGGAAAGAUGGCUUAAGAAGAGGAAUUCAUCACCCAUACCGAAACAAAAAGAAGCUUUCGGUGAACUUCUCACUCCCUCGAUAACUAAAUAAAAGGCUGUUGUG